AUGCCUUCCGGAGAAGCAUUUGACUUGUACAGUAACAUCAAUGUCGAAGCUCCUGCGAGCAGGAAGAAAGGAAGCAGGCGACACCCUGGGGAAAGCAGUAGCGACCCCUCCAAGAAAAAGGCUCGGACUGAGGAUCCUCCUGCACCACCACCAUCCAAGGACACGACCCCUCCUCUGGCUCCCCUCGACAUGACUCCUCCAGCUCCUCGCAACCCAAGUCCUCCUGAUCAGUCAGGAAAGACUCAGGUCGAGGCUAUCCUGAACACAGCAUACAACUCGGCUAACGACAAGCUGAUGAAAUUGUCAAGACACCGGUGUAGCCAGGAAGCCUUCAUCAAUGGAGUUUUGACCAUGAGUACUGGUUGGCAUCGUUCAGAGGAGAUUGUUGCCAAGCAUGCUGAAGAGAUCAAGACAGUCGAGGAAAUACUCACCAAGCAGCUCAAGGCGGUUGAGGCCAGACACACUGAGCAGCUUAAGGCGGUCGAGGCCAAACAUGCCGAGCAGCUGAGAGCGGCCGAGGAGAAAAAUGCCAAACUGGGCGAGGAGCUGAAGAACCACUAA